AUGCACACUGCCACCCAACACGGUGGCUUGUGGCGGCAGAAGGUGGCAGAAAAAUUAGAAAUGGCGACAACCACCAUGGUGGGCUCCUUCUUCGGUUUCAAGACAAACAUCAACAACAUAAUAGGUUACAACUGGAAGAAACAGAAGAAUACCUGUUGCGGUCGGCUGAAGAAUGAGAUGGAGACGGAAGACCUUGUUGCGGCGGAGGAAGACGACAUUACUGGGUGCAGCGUCGUCGACGAUUGCGGCGACGGAGGAAGGCAGCGUCUAGGAGGCUCCGCGCAGAUCAUCAAUGAAGAUAGUGGCGGUGAGUGGUUCGUUGUGGUCCUUGUGGAAGCAUUAAAAGACUACUCCUUUCUUUUCUAUAAACAAUCACUAAUAAAAAAGGAAAUUGGCAUACCUCUUCGCUGUCCCCUGCAACCGCACAAUGAAAAUCCUGGAGUUGACCUAAUCGACAAUCAAAUACAAAGGUUCAGUGCCUUCCGGAUUCAGUUCAACCUAAUGCAGAAUCAAGUUCCUAUCAUUGUUAGCAUUCAAGUAAAGGCAGGUUGUUGGGUUUCUAUAUCGGUAUCACUGUUACGAUUUUGGAAAACUCUUCAUCUGAAGAACAAUGGUGGGUCGACAAUAAGAGACGAUUUCAGGGGGUACAAUCUGCUAUUGCAUGAGAUGAUGUGGAUGAUGAAAAUUCAAAUGGCAACAACUUGUACCAUAUCAUUGAUUAAAUCAAUCUGCCCUGAAAAGUCAUUGAUUAUGAUGAUGACAUCAACAGGUGCGCUUGAGUUUGGUGUUGCUGGGAAUCUGUGGUUUUACUGGAAACUCGAAUCUCUUUGUAUAAAGUUAUUUUCAUUGAAGUUCUCGUACCACUUGCAUCUAUCUCAACAAAUCAACACAUUGAUGGCAUCUUCUUCAUCAUCUCCCUCAGUUCCGGCCUUUUCUUCUCAUUUGUGGAAGUACCAUGUUUUUCUUAGCUUUAGAGGAGAAGAUACUCGCAGAAAUUUUGUUGAUCAUCUCUAUUCGGCUCUUGAACAACAUGGGAUCUACACCUACAAGGAUGACGAAACACUUUCUCGGGGCGAAUCGAUCGGCCCAUCCCUUAUGAAAGCUAUAGAAGAAUCUCAGAUUGCUGUCAUCAUAUUCUCAGAGAACUAUGCAGACUCUUCAUGGUGCUUAGAUGAACUCGCAUGUAUUAUGAAAUGCAAGGAUAUGAAAGGCACAGUCGUUAUGCCCAUAUUCUAUGGCGUAGAUCCCUCUGAAGUACGAAAACAAAAACAAAAAUAUGGAGAAGCAUUUGCCAAGCAUGAGUUGGAGAACAAGAAGAAAGUUAAAUCUUGGGGACAAGCAGUUGUGGAGGACCCUUGGGGAUUGCUCUCUGCACCUCUAGAACAAAUCCAGAAAUACCAAGAAGCCUUUGCCAAACAUGAGUUGGAGAACAAGAGGAAAGUUGAAUCUUGGAGAAAAGCACUUGUGGAUGCAAGUAACAUUUCUGGAUGGGAACCCAAGCACGUUGCCAACGGGCAUGAAUCAAGGGUUAUCAAAGAAAUUGUUGACACAAUUUCACAGAGGUUGCAGUUAGUACCUUCAAGUGCAAAUGAGGACCUGAUCGGAAUGGCAGCUCGCAUGCAACGUUUGAAAUUAGAGUUACAAAUUGGGUCAGGUGGUGUGCUCAUGAUUGGAAUAUGGGGGGUUGGGGGUGGUGGUAAGACUACUCUUGCUUCUUCUAUUUAUGAUGAAAUCUCUAGCAAGUUCGAUGGUUGUUGCUUUGUGCAAAAUAUCCGGGAGGAAUCAAGCAAGAUUAAUGGUUUGGUAAGCUUGCAAAGAAAAAUUAUUUCUGGUGUUUUGAAACAAAAGGAAGUUCAGGGAAUAGAGAGAGUUGAGGAAGGAAGGCGCAUGAUUCAAAAUAGGUUAUGUCAUAGAAAGGUCUUGAUUGUUCUUGAUGAUGUGGAUCAGCUUAACCAACUAAAAGCAUUAGCUGGAUCACAUGAGUGGUUUGGUGAAGGAAGCCGAGUAAUAAUCACAACUAGAGAUGAGCAUGUAUUAAAUGCACACAGAGUAAAUGUGACACACAGUAUUAGAUUGUUAAACAGUGAUGAGGCUAUUAAGCUCUUUCUCAAGCAUGCACACCGAGAUCACACACCCAUGGAAAAUUAUGAGCAGCUUUCAAAAGAGGUGGUCUCUUAUGCCGGUGGGAUUCCAUUAGCACUUACAGUUCUCGGUUCAUUUCUGUGUGACAAAAAUAUUCAUGAGUGGAGGAGUGCAUUAGCCAGAUUGAAAGAGAUCCCAGAUACUGAAAUUCUGGAAAAGCUAAAAAUCAGCUUUGAUGGACUCGCAAAGGUUGAGAGAGAGUUGUUCCUUGAUAUUGCAUGUUUCUUUAGGGGGGAGUAUAAAUACAACGCAAUGCGGAUCUUUGAUGCUUGUGGUUUUCAUCCAGUUAUAGGAGUAAAGGUGUUAAUACAAAAGGCUCUCAUAACUAUUUCAGAAGAUGGAUAUUUUGAUAUGCAUGAUCUGGUGCAAGAAAUGGGACACUAUAUUGUUAGAGGGGAACACCGUAAGAACCCUGAAAAACAUAGUAGGAUUUGGAAGGAGGAAGAUGUUUUUAAAAUAUGUUCUAUGGAUGCAACCACGGAACUUGACAAGAUUGAAGCAAUAGAAAUGGAUUUUCAGUUUCAGCCAGCAAAAAAACAAGAACAAGAUCUUCCUUCGGUUUCGGCAAACAUGAAGAACCUUCGGUAUAUGAAAUCGAUAGGGGAUCCUGCAAAACUAUUGUUUAAUGACCUUCCACUAAGGGAGCUUUGCUGUCUUAUAUUGUCCUCAGGUUCUCAAAAGCAACUUUGGGAGGGCUGUAAGGUGCUCCCAAGUUUGAAGUUAUUGGAACUUAGCAAUAUGAAUAAGCUAAUCAUGACACCAAAUUUUAACGGACUUCCAAAUCUUGAAAGAUUCAUUCUUCGUGGCUGUCUGUGUUUAGAAGAAAUUCAUCCAUCGAUUGGAUGCUUGGAAAAGCUUGUUUUCUUAUCUAUAGAAAAUUGUCGGAGUCUUGAGAUAUUUCCACCCAUUAGGGGAAUAAAGAAACUUGAGACCCUUGAAUUCACAGAGCACCCCAAACUUGUUAAGUUUCCAAAGAUCCACCAUCAGAGGAUGGAGAAUUCAACACAUCUUGAUUUGGAUGAUAAUAGUGGGAGCGAAGUUGCACCCUACAUAGAAUCUAGUACAAACUAUGCUGUUAGUUGUUUGAGGUGUGGUUGCAGACAUCUUCCUGGUGUAGAAUGUUGUGUAGAGGGGCCUUGUUUAUGUCACAACAUAUUCUUAGUUUUGUUUCACAAUUUGCAAGAACUCCACUUCUUAAGGAAGUUGGAUCUGAGCGAGUGCAAUUUGGGAGAUGAAGAUAUAGGCUCUGAUGUUUUGGAGUUGCCCAACUUGCAAGAACUCAAUCUAUUCAGAAAUAAGUUUUCACAGUUAAGUUUUAGUUGCUUGCAAUUUCCUCGGCUCAAAUGGCUCGACGUGUCAUUCUGCAAAGAACUUGUAGAAUUGUCGGAGCUGCCACAAAGUAUAGCUAUUGUUAGAGCAGAUUGUUGUGACUCGCUUGAAAGCUUUGGAGGUAUCUCAAACUGUAAAUGGUUGUGGAAAGUCUCACUUUGGGGGGCUUACAAAUUAGGUCCGCAUGUUGGUGAGAUAUUACUACACUCCAUGCUCCAGGGGAAUGCUAUUGAAGAUCAUUUUAUCAGUUUCACCAUUCCAUAUCAGAUUCCAAAGGGGUUUGUAGGGAGGCUCCUUAGGGGAAAAACAUUUACAAAGCGUCUCCCACAUGUUAAAUGGGACCCAUAUAAAAGGCAUAUUCAAUCUGGUGAAGAAAAGUUUAGACUGCGGCUUCCAGAUGAUUGGUGCAAUGACUUUUGUGGGUUCUUAAUACGCAUUAUAUUCCAGGACACAAAUAUGGAGAUUGACAUAAGCAUCAAGAAGGAUCCAGAUGAAGAAGAUUCUCGGUUUGAGAUUUGGCAUGAGUCUAAUGAAACACCAGAGCCUGAAUCUGAUGGAGAAGUGAAGACAUCUGUGGGAUAUGUUUCCUUUAGUUCAUUGAGGCAAACCACAUCAUUGAAUUCAUCAUACAGUAUUAUUUCAUUUUCCAUAAAGAGGAAUUGGACUUCGUUUGCAGUUGAGCUCGUUCCUAGAAAAAGUAAAGAUGAUCCCGUGCAAACAACCAAAGUUGCAACAGAUUGCUCAGAAUUUUGGCAUGAGGAAAAUGAUGAAUAUAAAGCAUUUAUGAUCCAAGAUAAUUCAAAGUAUUCUAUCAAUAUUAUAUGGAAAACUUAG